AGGACCCCUUCGAAUACUGUAUUUUGGCGGAUACCUCUGCUGUAACAGCAUCAAUGCCUCGCUUUGCACUGGAUGUUUGCGCUCAGUGCCAACAGAGAGGGAUUUUGCAGUAGCUCGCGCCGAUGGUUCUAGACGUGGGAGCUACAGCGAUGGGAUGAUCCACAUGUUGACUAAUGGUUGUUUAGAAAAAAUAUGUAUUUAGCUAAAGAGAUUAACUCAAACAUACAUCCCUUAAGAUCAUCACAACGCCGUGACUCGCGCGCGCUCCACUGAAUGGAGCAGAAUGUCUCCACCAGUGUCGACUCUGCUGUCCGGACUGUGGCUGUGCUUGGUUCUGUCUCGUGCUGCUAGUUCGAUGUGGCAGGCCUGUGACAAUGGCAAGGUACAAUAUGAAUCAUUAUGGACUAUUUUAUACUGCCAUAUGCAGUGGUGGAAAAAGUACCCAAUUGUCAUACUUGAGUAAAAGUAAAGAUUCCUUAAUAGAAAAUGACUAAAGUAAAAGUGAAAGUCACCAAGUAACCAGACUACACUAUUUUCUUGUUGCCAGGGGCAUACUCUCAACACUCAGACAUAAUUUACAAACGAAGCAUGUGUGUUUAGUGAGUCUGCCAGAUCAGAGGCAGUAGGGAUGACCAGGGAUGUUCUCUUGAUAAGUGCGUGAAUUGGACACAUUUUCUGUCCUGCUAAGCAUUCAAAAUGUAGCGAGUACUUUUGGGUGUCAGGGAAAAUGUAUGGAGUAAAAAGUACAUUAUUUUCUUUAGGAAUGUAGUGAAGUAAAAGUUGUCAAAAAUAUAAAUAGUAAAGUAAAGUACAGAUACCCAAAAAAACUACUUAAGUAGUACUUGAUACUUGAAAGUAUUUUUACUUAAGUACUUUACACCUCUGGCCAUAUGUCACAUCACUUCACUUUGUAUUGCCUGCUUCAAGUAUAAUAGCUAGACAAUCUGGAUAAUGACCAAGAAGAAAAACCAUAGCUAUCACGUCAAUGCAAUGACAUGAUGAAUAUAUGUGCCAUCGAUUUUAUGUUACCACUCUAGACCGCAAGCAAACUGUGACAGUUUUGUAUCUGUAUGAUUUUUCUGUGACUGACAGCUCUUGCUGGGGAGAGACCUGCCCCCCUCAGUUGCAUGGAGCUGUCCUGUGAUUUCCUGGCCUGAGUCCACUACUCAGGUAACCAUGGCGCUAGCCACUUGAACUAUUAACCAGUGUUCCACAUAACACACAUACAGAUUGGUAGUAAACUACUGUAAGCAUGAAUUACAUGUUCACUUAACACAAACUUGAGCAUUGAUGAUUAUGAAGCCUAUUUAUCUUGUUCACUUGGCUUAAUAUUGUGCAUUUGUUGUGUGCAUUUUCCCGAGCAAAUCCAUUGCUGAAACACAGUGUAAACCAGGUCUUUCUCCUCUGUUUGCAGAAGAUUCCUAGCAUUGACACAAAGUAUCCCCCACAGGUAAAUCAAUCAACUUGGCAAACAGAAAACACAAUGAGCUAGCAUUAUCUUUAGUUAGGAACACAUUCUUUCCAAACACUUAGAUCACAGUGUAGCUAUUACUGAUAAGUCUUUGGAGCGACUGAUUCGUUACACAAAUAUACUAUAAUGAGCCACCAGCUCAUUUCCUGCUAGAGAGGGCGCAUGACCUGAUUGUUCAAUUCAAUUUAAUUCAAUAAAAACAGAAUUAUCCCUGAGAGGCAAUUACUUAGGGCACAUCUGCAAAAACAACAACUAGACAACAUACCACAGUGUUUCUGUCAGGAAGGAUAGGAUGCAGACGUUGCCUAAUCCUGGGCCCCGUUCAGCAGGGCGCAGCGUUGCAGAACGUUCACAUAGAAAUGUAGAACUAAACAUGCCUCUCUGAAAUACAGAAUGAGAAAUCACGCCUGGUCUCUUCAUUACAUUUUUAUCUGCAAAUGGCGCUGAUACAUAAGUCUGCCCUCUUUUCCUGUCUGACCUCAGCCGAUCGAGCACGUCUGCAUGGACACACCGAUCACCUACAAUCACACUAUCCCCAACAGGUAAGAUGCUGCGGACGGACACACACAGAAAGUGUUACAUCACCAAGUACACACCAUACACACUCACCUGGGAACAUGUGUCAAAUACAGUUAAUUAUGACAGGCUGUUAAAUGUGCACUCCAUUUCUCAUGCAAAUAUUCAUUUAUAUUACUUUGUAAUAACUCUUUAAUGUGACUAUGUAAUAAAUCUGUAUGUAAACAGCCAAAUACAUUUUCUGGGCAAGUUGCCAUAACCAUAAAUAAAAACUGCUCCUGACCUGCCUGAUGGGCAAGUGCCUCUGAGGGCUUAAUGUCAAUUCCUGUGUUGCAUGCCAUUUAGUGUACUGUCAUUUUGUGGGUGGUUUCUGUAGUGGUGCUCACCGGACUGUAGGGGCAGAGAGUGGAGAGUACCUGUACUGCCCCCCUCAACGCUGGCUCAACAACCUGCAGGUAACCACUAAAACCAUGACACCACACACAACCUCACAGAGAUACAGUGUGGAGAACAAGUAUUUGAUACACUGCCGAUUUUGCAGGUUUUCCUACUUACAAAGCAUGUAGAGGUCUGUAAUUUUUAUCAUAGGUACACUUCAACUGUGAGAGACGGAAUCUAAAACAAAAAUCCAGAAAAACACAUUGUAUGAUUCUUAAGUAAUGAAUUUGCAUUUUAUUGCAUGACAUAAGUAUUUGAUACAUCAGAAAAGCAGAACUUAAUAUUUGGUACAGAAACCUUUGUUUGCAAUUACAGAGAUCAUACGUUUCCUGUAGGUCUUGACCAGGUUUGCACACACUGCAGCAGGGAUUUUGGCCCACUCCUCCAUACAGACCUUCUCCAGAUCCUUCAGGUUUCGGGGCUGUCGCUGGGCAAUACGGACUUUCAGCUCCCUCCAAAGAUUUUCUAUUGGGUUCAGGUCUGGAGACUGGCUAGGCCACUCCAGGACCUUGAGAUGCUUCUUACGGAGCCACUCCUUAGUUGCCCUGGCUGUGUGUUUCGGGUCGUUGUCAUGCUGGAAGACUCAGCCACGACCCAUCUUCAAUGCUCUUACUGAGGGAAGGAGGUUGUUGGCCAAGAUCUCGCGAUACAUGACCCCAUCCAUCCUCCCCUCAAUACGGUGCAGUCGUCCUGUCCCCUUUGCAGAAAAGCAUCCCCAAAUAAUGAUGUUUCCACCUCCAUGCUUCACGGUUGGGAUGGUGUUCUUGGGGUUGUACUCAUCCUUCUUCUUCCUCCAAACACGGCGAGUGGAGUUUAGACCAAAAAGCUCUAUUUUUGUCUCAUCAGACCACAUGACCUUCUCCCAUUCCUCCUCUGGAUCAUCCAGAUGAUCAUUGGCAAACUUCAGACGGGCCUGGACAUGCGCUGGCUUGAGCAGGGGGACCUUGCAUGCGCUGCAGGAUUUUAAUCCAUGACGGCGUAGUGUGUUACUAAUGGUUUUCUUUGAGACUGUGGUCCCAGCUCUCUUCAGGUCAUUGACCAGGUCCUGCCGUGUAGUUCUGGGCUGAUCCCUCACCUUCCUCAUGAUCAUUGAUGCCCCACGAGGUGAGAUCUUGCAUGGAGCCCCAGACUGAGGGUGAUUGACCGUCAUCUUGAGCUUCUUCCAUUUUCUAAUAAUUGCGCCAACAGUUGUUGCCUUCUCACCAAGCUACUUGCCUAUUGUCCUGUAGCCCAUCCCAGCCUUGUGCAGGUCUACAAUUUUAUCCCUGAUGUCCUUACACAGCUCUCUGGUCUUGGCCAUUGUGGAGAGGUUGGAGUCUGUUUGAUUGAGUGUGUGGACAGGUGUCUUUUAUACAGGUAACGAGUUCAGACAGGUGCAGUUAAUACAGGUAAUGAGUGGAGAACAGGAGGGCUUCUUAAAGAAAAACUAACAGGUCUGUGAGAGCCGGAAUUCUUACUGGUUGGUAGGUGAUCAAAUACUUAUGUCAUGAAAUAAAAUGCAAAUUCAUUACUUAAAAAUCAUACAAUGUGAUUUUCUGGAUUUUUGUUUUAGAUUCCGUCUCUCACAGUUGAAGUGUACCUAUGAUAAAAAUUACAGGCCUCUACAUGCUUUGUAAGUAGGAAAACCUGCAAAAUCAGCAGUGUAUCAAAUACUUGUUCUCCCCACUGUAGCUAAUAUGUUUAAUUAGUCCAGUAUUGCCACAACAGAUUGUCCAACUCUAAUCAGUCUCUACUGUUGAUGUGUGUGUGUGUUUGCAGCAUGGAGCAACAGUGUUGCUGUACCAUCCGUGUGCUCCUGUUCGUCAGCGUGACCUGCUGUCUGUCCUGGGACACUGCUGUCUGUCUGACUAUAUCAUAACGCCACACCCUGACCUCAGCACAUACCGGGUGAGUGAGUCACCACACAUGAUAAAGUCAAUCUCAAAGGAAACAUUGCCUUUACUUACACUAAGAUAUCAGUAGAAGUGAUUUACCAUCUACUCUGUACUAGUUUGUGAAAUGGCUGAUAUCCCAAUAGAUGUGCUGAAAUCCCAAGGGAACCAUAUCCUUACCAAUAGGAUUCUAGAAAACCCACAAUGGCACGCCGUAGUGGCAUAGUUGACCCUGAUUAUAGAUUACACUGAAAACAGACACCACCUCACAAACCAUGUCAACUAUGAUAGCAGGGCAUUCAAUUGACACCCCAACAGAUGCAUAGACAAAGUCAAAACAAGACACCGGAAUGUUCCUUCUAUCAAUGGGGAACACAGUAUAAUACAUCUUCAGAGUGCCCUGUCAUGGAAAUGAGGGUUGUGUUCAUUAGGGCACACAGUUACAAAACAAGGGGGAAAGCGAACGUUUCUUAUUGGAUAAAUAAAGAUAGCACUUACCCAUUUUCUUCCUUUUGGUGCCUACUGAACAUAACCUUGUGGUGACUGAUUCUCUCUCCUGUUGAAGCCGUUAGCGCUGGUGUCCUGGGGUCGCACGCUGGAGCUGUCCCACGUGACCACGCUGGAGGUCUGUGAUUGGCUGCAGUUGACAGCGGCACACGAUAACCGUGGCGGCGUGGGUCAAAGCAGACAGUAUAACUUGCUGUUGACCCAUCCUGCAGAUCACAAACACGCAUACCCAAAGCAAAAGGUGAGCCAGAAGACAGAGAGGAGAGGGCACUACAUGGUUGAAAGUUUGAAAGACAGCAUAAAGCAGUGGUAUUCAAACCUUUUCAGUGGGAACCACAUUUCUUUUGCCAGAAUUUCUGGGGACCCCAUUCCACCCCAAAUCUACUGACACAACAAUCAAAUCUGUACAUUUUGAUUUUCACAUCAACAAAUAACCUUAAAUUCAUUACAUUUUCAUCGCUUUUAACCAAAUUAAAAGAACCAAUAUACAUAAAAUGAUCUGUACUCUGACAUUUUUGGUAUUUGGCGAACCCACUGCAAUUCCCCCGCAACCAGGGUCGCGACCCCGACUUUGAAUACCACUGGUGUAAAGUAACGUGAUGCCCUGAAGCUGUCGUAGAAUGAUUUGACUGUUUGGAUGAUUUACUGAGUGUACCUUUUUGUCGAUCAUCACCAGUCUCUGAGGCAGUGCUGUGAGGAGUCCCUCUCUCUGCUCCUGGAUGGACGGUUGGAGGUGACAGACUGGGGGAGAGGGAGGGUCCGCAAGAGCCGAGCUACACUCAGGAAGGAGGGGAAGGAGAAGAAGAGACGGGCCAUCCUGGACAGAACCGAGCCGAACAGAGUCCAGAAACAUGGAACCACGCUCAAACCUGAAGCACAGAGCCCAGCCACACUGAGGGCUACACAGAGAGGCACGGACCGAGGACUCAAAGUGACUCAAUCUCGCCGCAGAGAAAAUUACACUAAUGAAAAAGAUCCCAGAGGCAAAGUGAGAGAAAAAGACUGGGUGAACCAGAACGAAGCAGAGGACAAGAGGCAGAGCGGGAAAACUGGAGACGUCCAGGAGAGAGAGGUGAAGAGCAGCAGAAACGAGGGAGAGAUACAGCACCUUAAGUCUCCAACCAAGUGGAAAAAGCGUCUUUCUCAGACUCAGCCCAAGCAGCUGGCUGUCACUCAGGCUAAAAGCCAGGACAGGAGAGCAGACUGUGAUGGUAGGGUGGGCCACUGCGAGUGCACUGAGACGGUAGCUCCGCUAGGGGGUGCUGCGGCUGGACCCGGUGACAGGAUGCCGCCCACUCCGCGGACAGACGAGGCGUUGUGGGCGGCAGCGGCGUUGGGCUUCCUCCUGGUGCUGCUGGUGCUGUCCGUGCUGCACACACGCCUCUACCGCCACUGGCGCACAACGCCCAGCAUGUACUGGCACGACCCCAAGCAGGACUACGACAGGGUGGCAGGUGGGUUCAUUGGGGCUCACACAUUCCCCCCUCCUCAACACACACUUCGUAGGGCCCUAUAAAAUCUGCGUUGCGUAGAAUGUGGACGGAAUCACGGAAUGCAGACAUUAAAAUGGAAUUCAACAAUAUAAAAAAAUAUAUUUACUUAGUAAGAAAUCAACUAAAGGUAUUGAACUUAGAACAUUUUUAAUUUGCGUAAGAUUAUCAUUAUACAUGAACAACGUGUGCGUGCAUGUAUAUGUGUGUGUGGUGCGCACAUACAAUAUGUCUAUACCAGGGAUGAGCAUCUUCGAUGGGGGUGGGGGCCACAAAAAAUCUGAACUCAUCAUGAGGGGCCACAGUUGCUCGCGGGUCUGCAUACCCACAUCUACAUCCAAUUCUACACAUUUUGCCAUAGGGUGGAGAGAAAUGUUUGCAGUUUUGAAUAUGACAUCUGAGUGAGACUGACUAACAAAAUCAAUGGGGGCCCCCCGACCGAUAAUUCAAACAUAACAAGUUUAGAUAGCUGGCCGCAAAACUAACUUAGCAAUCUAAAAAUGUUUUGCUGACAUGGGCUAAUUGACUGACUGUCAGUGACUGACAUAAUGAGGAAAACUGCUGAUGCACAACCACAUUUCGAAAUUGCACCUUGUAUUCAAAUCAAAUCACAUUUUAAUUGGGGUAAUAUGUACAUGUAGGUAGAGUUAUUAAAGUGACUAUGAAUAGAUAAAACAGAGUAACAGAAGCUACUAUUUUAACUUGCAACAGUAAGUUGAGACCCCGACUGAGUUCCUCAAUUUUUUUACAUUUUUUGGGAAAUUGAUCAGAGGGCCUUAAAAAAGGUUAAAAAGUCUAGUUGCCCAUCCCUGGUCUACACUUUGUGUAGCCGUUAGCGAUGAUGCUAAUGUAAUGAUAACCGUCUUCUGGAAAGGCUUUCCCAAAAACCUUUUCAAUUAAAUUCAACUACUAGAAUAUCAUUCUUCACCUGGAAGAAUGACAUCAUGAUUAUUUGAAUCAAUCCAGUGGCCAUUUGUUUUGCAAACUCUGCAUUUCCAUGAGCGCUACAGAAACAUCGCUAACCAAACAACAGUCUCUUGCUGGUACACACUGGAAUUAAAGGGUAACUACACCCACAUAUCAAACAUUUCUUAGAUUUAUACCAGACCUAAAAAGUGGUCUCCAGAUGUGGUUUAAGCAUUGUUGUGGACUUAGAACAUAUGAUUUUGUUGUUUUACUAUUAAAUAAAUAUUGAUUUUGAGAGCAAAAACCUGAAAACGGAAAAAACGGAAACCUAAAAAUAACAUUAAAAAAAUCAGCCUCAUCAUAACUGAUUUUAUAGGGCCCAAACUUUUACAACUGAGCGUUGUCCUUACUGUUAAUCCUCUUUUGCAGUUGUUCUAAUAAGGGGUGUGUGUUGUGUGUCUUAGAUGUGAUCCGCAGGAGGCUGAAGAUGCCAGGGAGGAGGAAGAGGAGGGCGUCCAAGAGUCGAAGACAGGAGUGUGUCCUCCUACCACCGAGCUCCAGCACAGAGGAGGACGAGUAGAAACAGAUCUGUCUCAUCCCUCCGUUUAUUUACCCGUCUUGUCUUUAGCCCUGUGAGAAGAGAAGUACGAGGAGAGGACAUUGGGACCUAAAAGCAGGGUACUCCCACUGGCCUAAUAACAUUGCUCUGCUGAAGAAACUGAGCAUUUUAUGGAUUAUUUUGUAACGAGAUCUCAAACAGAUGAAUCUUCUAUUGCCGGUAGUUAAGAAGGAAUAUUUUAGUAUUUUAACUGUCAUAUAACACUCCAUAGUACAAAACCCCAUUCAAUCAGAUCACAUUACAGUAGAUCAUUCACAAUCACCGCUAAUGACACAAUUUAACUACACAUUCAAACAUGUUCACAUAGGGGCAGAUUCAGAUUUAGGAAAUGUAAGCCUUUCCUACGCACUUCGAUGUAGUUGGUAUUCAGACUUGCCAUAUGAAGGUGUGCAAUAAGAUUUGCGGGUGUGGAUCCCACAAUAAAUGUAAUUAAAUCCCAGAAAACACACCCACUAGGUAGCUGACAGAAUUGACCAGGGAGUUUUCGUUCAAUUCGUUUUUCUGUUCAAUUAUCUAAAGCAAUCCCUUUAAAUAUUUAUUUAGACAGUGAAGCUAACAUUUUACAUUUUAGAUCAAAUGUUUCCUAUGAGGCGACAGUACAGAAUGUC